UCGCGCGCCUCUUGGCUGCUGCUUGCUGAUGGCUUUGGGGUGCCGGGGCUGACACCAACUUUUCCCCACCCCCUUGCCAUUGCCCUGGGCCUCUGGAAGAGAAGAUCCAAAGUUCCCUGAACUGGUGCCACCCGCCCGGAGGCGCUGGGAGGGCGCGCAACGCACGGCGGGGUGCCGGGUCCACCAUGGGCACCCACAUCGUGUACGAGUGGCUGAAGGCGCUGCAACUCCCGCAGUACGCCGAGUCUUUCGUGGACAACGGCUAUGACGACCUGGAGGUGUGCAAACAGAUCGGAGACCCCGACUUGGACGCUAUCGGGGUGCUGGCUCCCGCGCACCGCCGCCGCAUCCAGGAGGCUGUGCGCCGGCUGCGGGAGCAGGACGCCGCGGCCGCCGGCCUCUACUUCACUCUGGAGCCGCAGCCGCCGCCCCGGCCACCCGGGCCACCCGCGCCCGGGGUCCCCAGCAGCCAGGCGGCCGCACCCCGCAGCCGGGAGUUGGUGAGCUACCCCAAACUGAAGCUCAAGAUCAUGAUCAGGGAUAAACUGGUCCGCGACGGCAUCCACCUGAGCAAGCCCCCCUACUCCCGCAAGGACGGCUCCCUGGGUAACAUUGAUGACCUAGCCCAGCAGUAUGCAGAUUAUUACAACACCUGCUUCUCGGAUGUGUGCGAGCGCAUGGAAGAACUACGGAAGCGCCGAGUUUCCCAGGACCUAGAAGUGGAGAAACCCGAUGCCAGCCCCACGUCACUUCAGCUGCGGUCCCAGAUCGAAGAGUCCCUGGGCUUCUGCAGUGCCGUGUCAACCCCAGAAGUGGAAAGGAAGAACAUUCUUCACAAGUCACACUCUGAGGACAGCUCUGUAGGAAAAGGAGAUUGGAAGAAGAAAAAUAAGUAUUUCUGGCAGAACUUCCGAAAGAACCAGAAAGGCAUAAUGAGACAGACUUCAAAAGGAGAAGAUGUGGGCUAUGUUGCAAGUGAGAUAACAAUGAGUGAUGAGGAACGAAUUCAGCUCAUGAUGAUGGUCAAAGAGAAGAUGAUCACCAUCGAAGAAGCUCUUGCUAGGCUCAAGGAGUAUGAGGCCCAGCACCGCCAGUCAGCUGCCUUGGACCCUGCCGACUGGCCAGAUGGUUGUUACCCAACAUUCGAUGGUUCUUCAAACUGCAAUUCCAGAGAACAGUCGGAUGAUGAGACUGAGGAGUCGGUGAAGUUUAAGAGGUUACACAAGCUGGUGAACUCCACACGCCGGGUGAGGAAGAAACUCAUCAGGGUGGAUGAAAUGAAAAAGCCCAGCACCGAAGGUGGGGAAGAGCAUGUGUUUGAAAGCACCCCCGUCCUGGACGAAAGGGCCUCUCUGUAUUCUGGGGUGCACAAGAAACCCUUCUUCUUUGACUCACCGCCAGAGAAACCUACUGGAGAUGAUCCAGACACCGUGGUCACCACCUCGCCCACCUCAGGCAGUCUGGACGCCUGGGGUGCCGGACGGAAGCUGGUCAAAACCUUCAGCAAAGGAGAGGGCCAGAGUCGGGGCCUCAUUAAACCUCCCAAGAAGAUGGGCACAUUGUUCUCCUACCCGGAGGAGGAGAAAGCCCAGAAGGUCUCCCGCUCCCUGACCGAGGGGGAAAUGAAGAAGGGGCUGGGGUCCCUGAGCCACGGGAGAACAUGCAGCUUCGGAGGCUUUGACCUGACCAAUCGCUCCCUGCACAUCGGCACUAAUAAUUCUGACCCAAUGGGUAAAGAAGGGGAAUUUGUAUACAAAGAGGUCAUCAAGUCUCCCACUGCCUCCCGCAUCUCUCUUGGAAAAAAGGUGAAAUCCGUGAAAGAGACGAUGAGGAAGAGGAUGUCAAAAAAGUACAGUAGCUCUGUCUCCGAGCAGGACUCGAGCCUAGAAGGAAUGCCUGGUUCUCCCACAGUCUCCCAGCCUGACAGCGAACAUGUAGACAAGCCCAAGCUCAAAGCCGGAGGUUCUGUGGAGAGUCUACGCAGUUCCCUGAGUGGGCAGAGCUCCAUGAGUGGCCAGACAGUGAGUACCACUGACUCGUCCACCAGCAACCGUGAGAGUGUCAAGUCAGAGGAUGGGGAAGACGAGGAAUUGCCCUACCGGGGCCCCUUCUGUGGUCGUGCCCGGGUGCACACAGAUUUCACACCCAGUCCCUACGACACGGACUCACUCAAACUCAAGAAAGGAGACAUCAUCGAUAUCAUCAGCAAGCCUCCCAUGGGCACCUGGAUGGGCCUAUUGAACAACAAGGUGGGCACGUUCAAGUUCAUCUAUGUGGACGUGCUCAAUGAGGAGGAGGAGAAGCCCAAGCGCCCAGCCAGGCGUCGGCGAAAAGGGAGACCCCCGCAGCCCAAGUCCGUGGAGGACCUGCUGGAUCGGAUCAACCUGAAAGAGCACAUGCCUACUUUCCUGUUCAAUGGAUAUGAAGACUUGGAUACCUUUAAGCUCCUGGAGGAGGAAGACUUAGAUGAGUUGAAUAUCAGGGAUCCAGAACACAGAGCUGUUCUCCUGACUGCGGUGGAGCUGUUACAGGAAUAUGACAGUAACAGCGACCAGUCAGGGUCCCAGGAGAAGCUACUUAUUGAAAGCCAGACCCUGCGGGGCUGCUCACCACGGGACUCGGGAUGCUAUGAAAGUAGUGAGAAUCUGGAGAAUGGCAAGACUCGAAAGAUCGGCCUUCCCUGCUCCAAGUCCACCACAGAGGCCAGCCUCAAGCCUUUCAGCAAGAACCUGGGGGCCUACCCGACCCUGCCUUUAGCCAAGCCAGGGGCUGCCCUGCAGCCCGACGGGGAGGGCAGCGCUCAGGGCCCUCGUGCGCCCCAGCCUUGUGCGCCCCAACCUUGCACACCGGCCUCAAAUAAAAAUCGGAGAAGCCUCCCUGUGUCCAUCUGCCGCAGCUGUGAGAGCCUUGAAGGCCCCCAGUCCUCAGAGCCCUGGACAACUCCCCGAUCUCACUCCCUGGACGACCUCCAAGGAGAAUCUGGGGAGCCCCGUCUGGACAUGCCUCACCAGGGGCCAGCAUCCCCAGCUCCCCUGGCCCCUGAGGUGCCCCAAAAGCCCAUCCUCUGCAUCCCCAAGGCUCAAAGCCUUCCAAGGGGCGACUCUGCGGUGGACCAUGAGCGGCUGCUGACCCAAAUCAAGAGGUUUUCUGAACCCCAGAAAACAACAGCCAAGAAACUGGAUGGCCUCAACGCAGCUUCGGGGCUGGGCCCUGCGCAUCCUCUGGCAUCACCCCCUAGACCGGAUGCCCCACCGCCUCCUGGGGCUAAGCCCCUCUUAACCUGGACAGCCCUGGAUGGCCACAGGAGAGGGCCCACCUUGGAAGGCACCUGCCACCAACCCCCAGGCACCAGAGAAGGGCCCGACCCUGAUGCCAGAGGAGCCCGACAUCCUUCCCAGCCACCGCCUGUCCCUGCCAAGAAGAGCCGUGAGCGCCUGGCCAACGGGCAUCCCACUGUCCCCGCUGGCCCUGCGGCUCCCGACUUCCCCAGCUUGCCUGCAAAAAGAGGCGGCUCCAACGACUGUCACCGGGGGCAGGACACCGGCAGCCCCCCAAGCAGCAGGCCACCCCCCUGGCUGUCCGAGCUGCCCGAGAGUACCAGCUUGCAGGAGCAUGGGGUGAAGUUGGGGCCGGGUCUGGCCCGCAAGGUGUCCUGUGCGCGCGGCCUGGACCUGGAGAUGCUCACCGAGGACAAGCUGCGCACCGAGGGCAUCGACCUCACCGAGGAGCCCUACUCCGACAAGCAUGGCCGCUGUGGCAUUCCUGAAGCCCUGGUCCAGAGAUAUGCAGAAGACUUAGAUCAGCCUGAGAGAGAGAUUGCCACCAACAUGGACCAGAUCAGAGUGAAGCAUCUUCGCAAGCAGCAUCGCAUGGCGAUCCCCAGCGGUGGACUCACAGAGAUCUGCAGGAAGCCCCUGUCCCCGGGCUGCAUCUCGUCUGUGUCUGAGUGGCUGGUGUCCAUUGGUCUGCCCAUGUAUGCCAGCACGCUCACACAGGCAGGUUUCUGUACCCUGGGCCAAGUGCCUUCUCUGUCCCACACUUGCCUUCAGGAGGCCGGUAUCACAGAGGAGAGACAUAUAAGCAAGCUCGUGUCUGCAGCCAGACUCUUCAAACUGCCGCCUGAGCCCUAAGGGACCUCCCUGGCCAAGAGCCACCUUGUCACUGUGCUUUCAAUGCUGAUGCAAAUCCACUCGUUGGACCUGCAGACCAGAUUCCUGAAGACCAGGCCCGGGUUAUGGCCAAAACCCGGGUCCCUGCCCCAGGACGGAUGACCCUCUCUUCUCCACUACAGCUUCCCCCCUGACCGAGGACAGUUACAGGACACAGAAAAAGACAAGCACUUAUAUUUGUUUUAAGAACACAGAAGAAUCAAGAUCCAACUGGCUACAAAUGUGCUGCCUAGAACCUGUGUGUUGGGCGUGGGCUGGGAGUGGGUGGCAGGGUGCCCCAGGCCAUGUACACCUUAGCUGGGCCAAAGCAUGGACUCUGGGGUGAUUGUACUCUCUUCAUCAUGCUCAUUUGUUCAAAAGUAGAGAAUCUGGCUGCAUUUGAAAAUGAAACAAGGAAGUCCUGUUCUCCUUUAGAUUUAAAAAAAAGAGACAUUUUUUAAUAAUUGCUUUCUUGCAAUCAGCUUUUAUUUGCCUUAAUAUAAGCUUUUAAGCGGUUAUCUAACUCGUGUUCACUGCCCUGUAACCAUAGUUCCAAGUCGUCAGCUUAGACUGCCAGCUAACCAGUCUGGGAUAUUUCCACCACAAAAA